CGUAAUAAUUCUAAUUCAAUUUUUUUUUUUCAGUCGAUAAAAGAGACUGCGGCUGCUCCCGUUUUACUUCGCGAAUCGCCCGCGUACACUUCAGAUUCAAGGCAUCUACGUUAUCGGCCAGGCGUCGUCUGGAUGACUCAUGCAUCACACUGCAGAAUGAUGCGCUUAUACACCGAUGUGUAUACUCUGACAGCAGACAGCUUCGAGUAUUUCUCAAUGCAGCACAUAGUUACCUUCAAAAAAGUAUGUCUUGAACCUGUCGAAUAGCUGGUGGUAACGUUUCGUGCAUCGCGUGGCAUAGAUCCCUGAUAGUAUAGUGGUCAGUGCUCCUGUCUCAAUAACCGUUUCAAGCAGCAAUGCUAUGAAAUGAAAAAAAAAACCAGGAGGCCGAUGUUCGAUUCCUCGUCAGGGAGAAAUUUUUUUUCAUUCCUAUAUUACGUGAAAAUUCAAUUGUUUCAACUAAUGGAUCAACGAAAUCUUUGUAAAUGCAGCUCUCGACGCUUAUAUAGUUAUCAAAGGAUGACGCACAAGCUGUCAGCGUUUCGUACACCGCAGUCGCAUAUCCCUGAUAGUAUAGUGGUCAGUGCGCCCAUCUUAUAAGACUUAAAAGCUUAAAUUGGGAGGCCGAGGUUCGAUUCCUCGUCAGGGAGAAUUUUUUUUUCCUCGAUUUUUCAAUCUUCCACGCAAAAUUAAUUCAAUAAAAAUCCUUCACCGCAGAUUUUUUAAUCCCUCCUCUAGAAGACGACGACGCAGUCUCGACCGUAUCGUCCUUUACGCGAGAUAGCCGUCAUAUAUCUAUACACAUCCAGGAGCUAGAACUAAGGCCCCCACGCGGUCAAUCGUAAAUCCUCCUUAGGGUCCCUCCGGUGAGGGCAGUAGCUGCGAGCAGUAUAAGAUAUCGAUAUCCGCAGUCGAGGCGGUAAGUUAAGUCGCGCCGUAAGUGCCAGUGCGAGCUGCAGCCAUCAUAGCCGAAUUUAUGUACGUUAAAAGCCUCGCGAUGUAUUUUACGACCCUGUAUCGAUUUUUCCAUUCAAUGCUGCCCUGUAUAUAGACGAGUCGGACGAUUCACUUCUUUUUACAUGUUCUUCUCUUUUUCUUCAAAAUAAUUAAUUCUCAGAAAAUCGGACGACUUCAUCGACGUUGGCGUCGAAACUAAACUCGACGGAGCAAACGCAGCGCUGCGCUAAAGGAGCAAUUUGUUGUCUGGCAACUUAUUUCCGCGUCGGCGCCUGUGUAGCAUAAUCGAGAGACACUGCUAAUGUUCCUCUGGCCUAAUUAUACGUUUCCCUUAUUUCCGCGCAUACACAGAGAGCUCCUUCCCGUCUUGUUCUCGCACUUACGCGCAACCCUUAAAUUUUCCUCUUCCUCUCUGCUAUGUGUACAGUCUCCAGCCGUAAUAAUAAUCCCUGCUUUGUUUCAGCAAAACUGAUGCUUCGUCCUUUCAAUUUUCCCGGCGCGGAACUGUCGUUUCUGCGCGGGCGAGUUAUAUCUACCUUGAUUUAUCUCGAUUAGAAUAUUCGGUAUUGAAAUUCAGAUCGAUGUAAAAAUCGGCUGAAUAGCACACACACACAGAUCCCCGGCAUAAAUCCCCCAUAGAGUAUAUGUAUAUCCCGCACCCACGAGCAUAAUAAAAAAACGUACGACGCGGGCACUAACUCAAAAAAAGGCCUCUAUUGCCCUCUUCAUCACUUCGAGGCAUAAUUCUCCUAACGAACAACGCGCGGCUGCAGUCGCGCGAAUAAAAAGCCAAAAGUUCUGUAAAACCGAUUUUUUUUCGGCGUCGUUUCCCAUCAGAAAAAGUUUCGUCAACGACGCGCUUCAUUUCGCGCGUUAGAGCCGCUUUGAUAAGGCGCGCGCAGGGACAAAGCCUACACACAUAUACACACUGCAAGGCAACAGCUGCGCUAAUCUUUACGGGGAUCGAUAUGGCCGAGUGGACCGGUUUAAAUUGAGCAUCGUUAAACGCGAAACGACUCAAUAUCCGCGCGCGCGUAUAUAAAGCUCGCACGCGCGUGUGGAUAUAUACCUCUCGUUAUACGUACCUUCCGCAACGCGUUUCUCGCUUUGUUUCAUUCGUCCUUCUUAUUUUCGUUUUUUUUUACUGCUCUCUCUCUCUCUCUCUCUCUCUCUCUCUCUCUCUCUCUCUCUCUCUCUCUCUCUCUCUCGCCGUAGGUAUUAUAGCCGUUAUACGGCGGAACACAUCAGCCAUUAGAUUACGACUCGGCGUUUAGUUUAGUAUCCCGAAACUCUCGUGCAGCAGGAAUAAUAAACAAUUCUUCUCUCAAAUACUCUGGGCAAACAGAUUACUAUUCAUAAUCCCUCGUCGGUGCGCGUUACGCAAGACAGACGUAUGCACACGCUUGUGUAUAACUCUCUCUCUCUCUCCCCCGCAAUAUGCAAUCGACUCGAGAAACUCUUGCCGAAACUUCCCCAUAUGAAUUUCAUUUUGCGUGUAACCGAGGGCUGCUCGUGUUUGUACUACAUUCCAGAACUCCGAGAGCCGCAACUUUCGACGCUUAUUUUACGACGACGCGAGAGGAUUACGCGCGAGUGGAGACGAGGCUGUAACUAGAGCAGCCGCGAAAUCUUUAUGAAGAGCCGAUCCGAUUUGCAUGGGAUCGAGUUUCGCGGCCGGGCUGAAAAUCCGCCGAUGCUAAUCUCAUCGUAGACAGGAUUAGACGACGACGAGGACGUUCUCUCGAAAUUGAUCGGUACACAUAGGUGAAAAAGCUGGCGACGCCUCUUUUCGAGGAUUGAAAUGUACAGUUAUACGUGUGCCGAUUUUCGCGAUCGGUUUUCGCGUAGCGCAGAUCGUUGCUUGAUUGGAAACAUAUCGGCUGCCGAAGUAUUUUUCUCUUUUUCUGGCAAUUGCAGCUCUGGAAAGUGAAAAGGGAUUUCCUAUUUGCCCGAUUUCUGAUCGAGAGCUCGCGGGUAUCCGCUUUUAGAAAUUUAUUCGUUUAUCGAUGUAAUUUAAGCUUCGGCUCUCCGCGCGUUGUCUUCGCUAUGGAGUUACCGAAUUAUCGAUUUUACUUCGGUCUACCGCCAGCUCUCGAGCUGUACAUAGUUGCUCGAGAAAAUGCGAUUAUGCGUCUUAAAUUAUUCAACGGGGAAUAAUGGCGUUACACCCUUUCGGUACGUUUGAUCUUUUUAAUUCUGCACAUAAGUAUCGGGAGCGAGGCAUCUCGUUGAUCAAAUCAAGCUAUGGAAAAUACGGCUAUUAUAACUAGUCAUGAUAAAUAAUUGGAGGCCGUUAUUGAUCGCGGGCGAGAAGAAUUUAUCAUCCUGGUAGAUCGUCACCGGAUGCUCAAUAAUUUACAAUGAUGAAAAUAGCGAUUUAAAAAUGUAUGAUUCUCUAAGAAGAUUGUAACGAGGCCUGACCCACUUCUGGUUCACAUUGCUAGUAACGUUAUCGUACCGAAAGCAUUAACGCUGCACUCGUCUCUUGGACCUAGAGAUCGUGCGUUUUAUUCUUUCAUUUUGCAAUGCUAUUUGUUUGCGCAUUGUUUUUCGGUACACUAUAGUGUUCCACUUUCAACGACUGGAGGCACUAAACCAAAAGGAACUCGCGGACAUAGUUGCCCUAACUUCCGACGUCAAAGAUUUUUACAAAUCCUCUGGUGUUGUAGCUGUCACCGAUUUUCGACCAGCCAACUACGACCGUAUAAGAAUAAGUAUUCACACAACAUAAUUAUUUCUGAAUCUCAAAGUAAGUACAAUGUAUUAUAACCUGCAGGAUUUGCAUUCGAACUAAAGUUGCUAAACGUCAUCCACGCAUUUUCCAAGCGCAACAUAAUGGCACAAGCUAUAAGCUACGAAACUCUCAACUUUACCAUGAACUUCGAGAUGGACGGCCGAGCCGCUCACUCUGCAACUCCUCUGUUCAUGCUGUACAUCUACAGCCCAGACAGAGUUGACUUUUUUCGCAAAGUCACGAAAGGAAGCGACGUAUCCAAUUUCUCGUGGUUCGUUUUCAUCGACAACGAAGCCAAAUUGGACUGCGAAUACCCACGGGGCACUCCGUUUAAUUUAAACAUGGACAUGAGAAUGAUCAUCAAGUGCGAAAGUAGUCAGAUGAUCAAGAAGUAUUUUUCGAUUUUCAAGAAUAUGACCGAAGUCAUGGAUCUUGCUACCUGGUGAGCGGCUUGUGCUGUUGAACGACGAUAACUUGUUGCAAGUUAAGAAAAACAUGCAGGGUAUAACUUUGAGGAUAGCCAAGAUAAGAUAAGCUGUUUUUUAUUAUUAGAACUUUCGCCUUCUAACCCCAUUGACGUCUUGUAGCAAAAGGUUUCAUAUAACGAUCCAAACAAUGCCUUGAAGAAUUACCUUGCGGACCUCAUGGGAACACUCUCGAACAUCGGCAAUUCCAAAACUAAAGUGGUCCUGGACGUUGACGAAUUUGGCUUUUUUAAUGCGGCUACGCAAGAGUCGGUGGGUCUUAUGAGAUCAAUGAACGAGAAAGAGGCUGACAUUGCACAAGUGGUUUUCAGCGUGGCCACAAACAGAAUGCCAGUUAUCGACUAUACGUUGCCACUGGUACGCGCGCAGACGAGAUUUUUCGCUAAAUUACCCGAUGAUGUGAAGAUUCAGUGGUCGGCGUAUUUUAGAGUUUUCAAUAGUCAAGUUUGGGCUUUAAUAGGAUUUUCCCUGUUAUUUUUUCCAAUGCUCUUGACACUCAUGAAAAACAAGUUCGAAAAGUUCAUCGGCAUUCAUUCGUUUUUUGGAAACUUUGUCGACAUGUUAGGUGUCUAUUGUCAGCAAGGUCUGCCAGAACCUCCUGUAAGCGUAUCAUUAAGGAUGUUGUAUUUCUCGAUACUCAUUCUAUCACUGAUCCUUUACGCCAUCUAUUCAGCUACAAUAACCAGUUACAUUGCAGUUUUGAAGACUGAUCUGCCUUUCUCAACCUACGACGAAUAAACCUACAAGUUGGUCGUUUUGCGAGGCAGCAGGGAUGAACAAUUAGUCCAUUCAGGAGAUUGGCUGUUGGGACCACUCAAACAUAAAAUAAAAAUACACGAAGAGUUGCCCUUAAACAUACGUGAUGGUUUUCAUCAGGCAUGCAAAGAAAAAGUUGCGUUUUAUGCGAACGAUGUUUUGUUCGACGGGGUAAGUAAUUAUGUGCCAUGUGACUAGGAAUGUUAAAGACUACACGCAAGGAGGACCUAGCUAUGUCACUUACGAAAAACAGUCCGUACACGGAGACGAUUAAUUAUAAUAUCUUACGUCUUCAAAAUCACGGUAUAAUGACACGGCUGAAUAAAGCAUAUUUUUAUAAAUUACAUCAACUUCCUGAAAAUAGACCAAGAGUAGUUACUAUCUCUGAAAUCAUACCUCCUUUGGCUAUUUGGAUAGUUGGGGUAGCCAGUAGCUGGAUCAUAUUUUAUAUCGAAAUCUUAUUACUCAGAAAAUGCUGUUGUGAUCCAAGGCCAUCAUCGCAUAUAAGUAUUUGAUGCUGGUGGAAAUAUCACUUAUUCAAAAAUAAAGUAUUCCAAUCAAAUUUAGAUACUAAACUGAUUAUUUUUUGUAUUACCUUUUACUGAAUCCUAAGCUCACAAUUUUGUUGAGUAAACGCAAAAUGAAGUAUAUUAUUUACUUUAUUGUACGUUCAUGUUCUACCGUCAUUAUUUUUAAUAUAAAAUCCAAUAAAAUGAAACAACUUGCAAGCAUCGGCAAAGAAGCUCGCAGUGGCAAAAAAUGGAAGGUCGUUAUUGAUCGUACGUAUAUUUUAUCAACGAAGAGAAAAUUUAUCAUCCUUACAGAUCGCCACUGGAUAUUUCAAUAAUUUACACUGAAAAUCGAAGUUUAAGAGUUUGCUUUAUGAUUCUAGUAGAAGAUUGCACUAAAGCCUGACCCACUUCUGAUUCACACUGUUAGUAACGUUUUGAAAGCAUUACGUUGUAAGUACUCAUUCUCUUUGUCCUCGAAAUACAGCGUUUUAUUUUUCAUUUUACAAUGAUAUUUUAUUACGGACUGUUUCUUGGAAUACUCGUGUAUAACUUUCAACAACUAGAGGCACUAAACCGGACAGAACUUGUGAACUUCGUUGCCCUAACUUCUGACGUCAGAAAGUUCUAUAAAUCCUCCAGUGUUCUGAUUGUUUACGAUUACCAACCAGCCAACAGCUGGGAAUUCAAAGAAGCAGUACUAACCAUCAUCAGAGAAUUCUCCAACCGCAACAUCAUGUCACAAGUUAUAAGCUACGCAACUCUUGACUUUACCAUAAACUUCGAGAUGAAUGUCAGGCUUGCGCAGCCCGCCAACCCUCUCUUUAUGCUGUAUAUCCACAAUUCCGACAAUCUUGACUUUUUUCGUAAGGUCACGACAGGACGAGACAUAUCGUUUUUCACGUGGUUCGUUUUCAUCGACAACGAAGCCAAGUUGGACUGCGAAUAUCCACAGGGCAAUCCUUUUAAUUUAGAAAUGGACACGAGAAUGAUCGUCAAGUGCGAAGGUAGUCUGAAAAUUAAGAAGUAUUUUUCGAUUUUCAAGAAUACCACCGAAGUCGUUGACCUGGCUAUUUGGACACCAGGCGAACAGCUUGUGCUAACGGAUGACGAUAACUUGUUGCAGGUGAAGAAAGAUAUGAAAGGCAUAACUUUGAGGAUAGCUAGGCAUAAAUAUUUAGCAAACGAACCAAACAAUGCCAUAGCUAAUUACCUGGAGAGCCUUGUAAAUACACUCGCAAACAUUAGUAAUUUCAAAACCAAAGUGGUCCUAGAGGUUGACCAGUACGGCUAUCGUAACGCGACGACGAACCAGUGGGUCGGUCUCAUGAAAUCGAUGGAUGAGAAAGAGGCUGACAUUGCUGAACUGUUGUUCAGUAUGUCUGCAGAUAGAAUGCAAGUUAUUGACUAUACGAUGCCACUGAUGCGCGCGCAGACAAGGUUUUAUGUUAAAUUACCCGAUACUGUGAAGAUCCGUUGGUCGGCAUAUUUUCAAGUGUUCAAUAGAAAUGUAUGGGCUGCAAUUGGAAUUUUUCUGCUGCUUCUUUCAAUAGUCUUAACAUUUAUGAAAAAUGAGCAUGGAAGGUUUGUUAACGUUCAUUCGUUUUUUGGAAACUUCAUAGAUGUGUUGGGUAUCUAUUGUCAACAAGGUUUACCAGAACUUCCUGUAAACACACCAUUAAAGAUGUUGUAUUUCUCGAUACUCAUUCUGUCACUGAUCCUUUACGCCGUCUAUUCAGCUACUAUAACCAGUUACAUCGCAGUUUUGACAGCUGGUCUGCCUUUCUCGACCUAUGAUGAAUUUUUGCACAAUAAAGCAUACAAACUGGUCAUUCUUCGUGGGAGUAGAGAUGAACUCUUAAUCCAUUCAAAUGAUUGGUUACUGGGACCGCUCGAGAAUAAAAUGAAAAAACACGAUGAAUUGCCCUCGAACGCAUAUGAAGCUUUUCAACAGGCAUGCGAAGAAAAUGUUGCGCUGUAUGCGAACGAAGUUAUGUUCGACAGUAUCAGUGAAGAUGUGCAAUGUGCAUUGGGAUGGUUGGAGACCUCACGAAUCGAGAACCAAGCGAUGGGACUUACGAAAAAUAGUCCGUAUACGGAGACUAUAAAUUAUUAUAUCUUACGUCUGCUAAAUCAUGGUAUAUUGUCACGAAUGAAGUCAGCGUAUUUUUAUAAAUUAAUCCAGCUCCCUGAAAACAAACCAAAUGUAAUAAGUAUCUCUGAAAUCACACCUAUUUUAGCUAUUUGGCUAAUUGGGGUAGCUACUAGCUGGAUUAUAUUUUAUAUCGAAAUAUUAUUUUUCAAAAAAUCCUUGUACAAAUCAAAGAAACCAUCGCAUAUAAAUAUUAGACACUAUACCUGGCGAAGGUAUCAUUUAUUCUUGUAUAAGAUAUAUCAAUUAAAUUUAGAUACUAGAUAGAUAUGUUUCGUAUAAUUUGUAUGCUGAUACUAAAUUAGUCUUUUACUUUUUGUGCCUAUACUGUGUAACAAUCAUCGAUUUUUAGUUCUCUUUACCAGAUUUACGUAGCUCGUAAUUUUAACCAUUCAAUAAAGAUAACAAUAGGGCCCGUUGUGUAAACGUAGAAUGAAAUGUAUCAUUUAUUUUAUCGUAAUUUUAUGUUCUUCUGCCAGUAAUUUAAAAUAAAAUCCAUUUACUAACAUCCAAUUUGUUGUAUAAGUGAAAGUGCAUCUCGUAAUAAAACAUCAUACGCUAUUUAAAUCAAUGCAAUGCUCAUUUCCUUUACAUACAUGCAACAAGGUAAAAGCAUUUGUUUUCACACAGUUGUAGUUACAAUUUUAUCCAGUAUGAAC